AUGUCAGAAAGAUGGAUCAUUGAGUCAGUAGCAAGGAAGAAAGCUCACGACAUACAUACAUACGAACGACAAGCAGCACUGACUGCUGAGCGUGAGCUGUUGGCAAAAAACCAACAAACCAACAAAACAACAAUAUCCAAGAUGAACAGCACCAUCCUUUCCAUCCUUGUUCUUGCCCUUGUGGCCACUUUCUCUCAGGCUUUCGCACCUGUCAUGCCUGCCGCUCGCCCAUCCACCAGCUUGUUCAUUGAGAACGCUUACCUUCGAGGAGGAAAGCCCUCUUGGGAGUUCGAAUCUGAGACCAUGUUCGUCGAAGAACCCAAGGCUGCUGCCCCCAAGAAGGCUGCUCCCAAGAAGGUCGCCAAGAAGGCUGCACCUGCCAAGAAGGCCGCUUUUAAGCUCUUCAAGUAA